AUGGAAGUACAAGAUGGUGUGGAUGUCGUUUUGCCAAAGGAGUCAGUUCGGAUUAUUCAGGAUAAAUUUGCAAAUACGCUUUACGGGUAUUUCUUGGGAGACAGAAUUGCAUAUCCGGUUGUAGAGUACUUUGUCAAAUCUAUGUGGGCGAAAUUUGGGUUGCAGAAGGUCAUGAUGAACGCUAGUGGUUUCUUUUUCUUUAAGUUUUCAGAUACAAAGGGGAUGAAGGAAGUCCUUGAUGGUGGUCCAUGGUUAAUUCGUAAUAUACCAAUUUUCUUGAGGAAAUGGAGCCCGACUGUUCAGCUAAAGAAAGAGGAGAUAAAAGAGAUUUCUGUGUGGGUCAAGAUCCAUAAUGUUCCAAUUGCAGCUUAUUCGGAUGAUGGCUUAACUUGGGGAAGGAGUAGUUAUGCUCGUGCACUUAUUGACAUAUCAGCAAAUGAUGCUUUUAAGGAUGUUUUAUCUAUUGCGAUUCCAGAAUUGGAUGGAGAUGGCUUUACGAAGGAGACAAUGAAGGUAGAGUAUGAAUCGAAACCACCUAUGUGCCCCAAUUGCUGUGUGUUUGGACACCAAACAGAUUCCUGUCCUAAACAGGUUCCUGUUAAGCAAAAACAAGUUAUUGAUGAGGAUGGAUUCACCAAAGUGCAAGGAAAAAAGAAGAAUAGAACUGGUUUUCCCAUCAAACAGAAAACCUAUGGACCAAUUGUUAACAUACGGGGAAAAAGGAUAUACCAAGUACAUCUGGAGCGGCUAAAUCUUCUCAACCUACUGUCACGACAAGUAACUCGUAUGAGGUGCUUAAUGACGAGUAUAUUCAAGGUGAAAGUAAGGCCUCUGAGCCAGGGGCAAGCACUCCUGAUCGAGGGGUUUUCAAUGGGUAGUAUAGCCUCAUGGAAUAUUAGGGGGUUGAACCGCCCCCUGAAACAAAGUGAGGUUCGACAGGUAGUUAAGGAUAAUAAUCUUAAUGUUUGUGCAAUAUUGGAGUCGCAUAUGGAUGUCUCACGGCUAUUUAAAGCUUGUAAGAAAAUUUGUAGAUCAUGGGAUUGGACGUCAAAUGGGGGUUUAUGUACUAAGGGUACUCGUAUUAUUCUUGGUUGGAAUCCUGAGGUUGUUGAUGCCAUGGUGUUAUCUCAGACUAACCAAGUCAUGCAUGUUCAAUUAAUGUUUAAAGUGGAUAAAAAAGCCAUGUUUUGUUCGUUCGUCUAUGCUGAUAAUGAUUAUAAGGAUAGGAGGAGUCUGUGGCAGAAUUUGGAAGUUCAUAAAGUGUUUGUGCAUGAUCGCCCAUGGGUGAUUCUUGGGUAUUUCAACUCUUCUUUGAAUUUAGAAGAUAAUUUUUCAGGGACGUCAACUAUCAAUAUUGGUAUGCGUGAGUUUAAAGAAUGUGUUGAAAGUAUUGAAGUUUUUGAUAUUAAUAGUCCGUAUAGGGUUUCAGAUCAUUCACCGUGUGUUUUGAAGCUGCCAUGUAUUGCUAGAGCACGAUCCAAGCCUUUCAAAUUUGCAAAUUUUUUGGUUGAGAAAGUAGGUUUUCGAGACAUUGUGGAAGUAGCUUGGGAUAUCAAUGUACAUGGGGUUAACCAAUUUAGGGUGGUGAAAAAGUUGAAGAACCUCAAAGCUCCUUUACGUGGACUAUUAUUUAAACAAGGGAACCUUCAUAAAAAAGUGGAAUGCUUACGUAAUGAACUAGAUGAUCUUCAAAAAGAAAUAGACAAGGAUCCGUUAGAUGUUUUAUUGCGUGAGAAGGAGAGUGAUUGUCUUAAGCGGAACCAUAGAGGUCGAAUAGAUGUGAUUAAAGACUCCCAAGGUGUGGUUUGUGAAGGAAGCGAUGUUCAGAAUGCGUUGGUCAAGCAUUAUCAGAAUUUUGGGGGUGCGUGGGCGAGUAGUAUGAUUCGUGAGGUAACUAAUGAUGAAAUAAAGACGGCUAUGUUUUCUAUUGGUGAAAACAAGGCACCGGGGCCUGAUGGGAUUACUUCGGCAUUUUUUAAGAAUACAUGGUCGAUUGUUGGUAAAGAUGUCUUACUUGCUGUCCACGAUUUCUUUAGAAAGGGAAAGUUAUUGCCAGAAAUUAAUCAUACAUAUAUUGUCCUAGUUCCAAAGGUAUCGACACCUUCUUCUAUUAAUGACUACCGACCUAUUUCUUGUUGUAAUGUGUUAUUUAAGUGCAUUAGCAAGAUAUUGGCUGACCGUAUUAAGGAUAGUUUAAAGGAGGUGGUUGGAAUCAAUCAAUCUGCAUUUGUACCAGGUAGGAGAAUUUCGGAUAACAUACUUCUUACGCUCCUUAUUAUGCAUAAUUAUCAUAGAGUUUCAGGUCCUCCACGAUGUUCAUUCAAAGUGGAUAUUCAAAAGGCUUAUGAUACGGUUGAUUGGGGGGGUUUUGCAAGCUAUUUUGUUGGGAUUUGGAUUUCACCGGAUCAUGGAAGGGUGCAAUUGGUUAUAUCGGUAUUAUCAUCAUUACAUCUAUACUGGGCAUCUGUUUUUAUACUUCCUGCUAGAAUCAUUAAGGACCUGGAAAAAUCUAUGCGGGGUUUCUUAUGGUGUCAGGGUCCAAUGCAACGGGGUAAGGCGAAAGUUGCUUGGAAGGAUGUGUGUGUUCCAAAAUUUGAAGGUGGUUUGGGGAUCAGGAGGAUUGAUGAUAUGAAUAAGGCUUUGAUGGCGUCUCAUAUAUGGAGUAUUUUAACACGCAGGUCUUCUCUGUGGGUUGAAUGGGUCCAUGAUCAUCAUCUUAAAGGACGGAACUUUUGGGAUAUUCCUGUUCGUGCUUCUGGAAGUUGGGGUUGGCGUAAGCUACUCAAAAUGAGACCUACAAUUCGUAACUUUAUAUGGAUGAAGCUAGGGAAUGGUAACAGUAUUUCAUUCUUCCUAGUGAUAUUAGACGGGUUGGUUUCUCAUUGA